AUGGAAGCAGUGGAGUUCCGGAAAUUCAACAAGGUUGGAUCAAACAAAGAAGUACUACUCGCUGUACAUCGUGUGGUUCCUUUUCGAAAGGGCGAUGCGCAGUCGUUUUAUGCUCAGGACUUUUCUUUCGCCCAAAUUUUGGCGCACGGUGGCACUACUUUACUGCAGGAAGAAUUACGCAAGCGGUGCAAAUGCUGGUCGGUUGUUAUGAGGAUAGGAAAAACCACAGAAGCUAUAACAAGAAAGAUGGCGAACUUGCCAACGAUACCAGCAGACUUGUCCUACGAUCAGUUCUGCAGACAAUAUCUCGACAAUGAGUCAUACAUUCCGCUGAUGUAUCAAAAAGCUGGAUACAAGGAACAAAACUUGAAGGAGAGGAAGAUGAAUAAAAAGAAUAGAGAUGAUAAGAAACGAGCAUUCGUUCAUAUCAUCUGGACAGGACGCGAUCAGGGCGAUAACAUGGUCACUCAUCGGAUUGAC